AUGGCUUCCCACGAAAACCAACUCCCCUGGGAAGACCUUGCUUCAGUGUUCCAACUGAAUUACACCAAUACUUAUCAACAUGGCGCCUACAACCUGCACGUGCUUGCGCACCCAGACAGCAAAACAAAGCUCGCCAACUUCCUCGAUGCCUUCAUGCGGAGUGUGAGCGAUGAAUCUAUUCGCCAAAGAAAACAGUAUCCUCAGAAAUAUCGUGUUCCCAAUGAGGAUGAAGUCAUUAUAUCAGAUGAAGUAGCCGCAAGAAUUACACCAACAGUUUGUCGUUGGCACCUUGAGAAGUAUUCGCCCAAUAAAGGCGAGAAUUUCGAAAACUUUCAUCAACCUUGUCUAAAAGGAUUAUGUAUACACACAAAUGAAUCCGACACAUGCGGAUGUGCGUUGUCUUUCAAAGAACGCAAAAUGGCCGCAUUUCAACGAGACAAGAUUGAAAACUACUGUUAUGAAUUUGAAAAAUACAACGAGGAAGCAUACCGCAAUCUCAACGUCGUCAAGACUUUGAUACUCCACGGAGAAAUGGAUGCAGUGCUUCGAUCUUGCGCCUAUGAAGGCUCUCGUCUACCGGACUGGUGGGAGGAGGUCGAAUGCCAAUGCUUGCCACCAGAUAUCGGGUGGAAUAGAAUAUGCAAGUACGCCAUCAAGAUGUACAUCAUACUCAACCUUCUGCAUUUCUUCCCUGAAUCUUGGGACAAGGACGGGGUACCCGUCGACGACUACCGCAAUAUCAAAGCAUAUCAGCUGGCGAUCCGAUCUUGUACAAAGACCGGAUAUCUUGGCGACGUUGCGAUGUACCCCCAUUGGGACUUCUUCGGUGUAAAAAAGGGCCAGUUCAACUGGUUUCCGAAACCUUUUGAUGUCCCGCUUUGGAAGCAUUUCAUGAGGCUGGAAAGGGAUGGCUAUUGCUUUUGGUUUCAUGAUGACGAUACGGCUGAUGAUGGGGUUGGCCUCAAGGCUGAUGAUGAGUCUACUGAGCGCUCGCCUCAGGCUCCCAAUGAGCAUCAUGCCUAUACGUUGACGUUCUACCCAUACGGUCUCAUAUCCUACGAAGAGUUCCUGAACUUUGAAACACCAGUCGGCCAUCAAAUCAAUCCAUCAGAUUCCACGCACGUCAGAUGGAUGUUAUGUCAGAAAGGACUUCCAGUCGAGAUACCAAAUUGCAUUCUGGAAUAUGCAGACUACACCCCGAGAGGAAGUCUACCGCUCUCUGGGAAACCUCUGCAUCCUCAAUGUAAACAGGAAUUGGACAGCUAUCUCGAUUAUUGCUGGCAACUUAUCGUGAGAUGCUGCAUGCUGGGCUAUGAGUUGAAAGAUGAGAUGGAUAUCGAGAGUCUUCUUCGGGUGAAGGUCAAAAAUAGCUUGAGUGAGUUGUUCAGGUGUAAGUGUGAUGGGGUGAACAAACUGCUUGAAGACUUUGAUUCGGAAGCCCCAGAUGAAUCUGAAGUGAUGGCUUAG